AACAAUGGCCACAGGAGAGCAGCACUGGCCAGUCCCAAUGAAGGCAAUUGGAGCACAGAACCUACUGACAAUGCCUGGGGGAGUUACAAAGUCAGGAUACCUGCACAAAAAAGGAGGCACCCAGCUGCAGAUCUUAAAAUGGCCACUGAGAUUUGUGAUUAUCCAUGAGGGAUGUAUUUACUACUUUAAGACUAGCACAUCUGCAUCUCCACAGGGUGCUUUCUCUUUAAAUGGCUAUAACAGGGUUAUGCGGGCAGCGGAGGAGACAACAUCAAACAACGUGUUUCCUUUCAAAUUAGUUCAUAUUAGCAAGAAGCACAGGACCUGGUUUUUUUCUGCCUCCUCCGAAGAUGAAAGAAAGAACUGGAUGGUCUCACUGAGGAGUGAAAUAGAUUACUACCAUGACAAGAAGGAAACAGUAACAGAUUUAAGUGACUCUGGUUCUGAUGCAGACAGUUUCUAUGGCUCAGUAGAACGCCCCAUCAAUAUCAACUAUUCUCAUUCAACAGAAAAUGAAGAUUAUGACCAGGAAGAAGAUGAGGAAUCUUACUUACAGCCAGAUUCUACGGAUUUAGUUAGACCAGAUGAUAACAUGAUCCUCCCGCCAGCCUAUCCGCCACCUCCAGUUCCUCACAUCAGAAAAGUUGCCUAUGCAGACACAAGGGUGCACUCCUUCGCAGGCCAGCCCAUAGGGCCUAUGCUUCCUCCAACACCUCCUAAAAGAAGCUUACCUGAUAGAAAACCAGAGGACCUCUUAAAUAUAAGGGGAGAAUCCCAGUUUCACUGCAGAACCGAGUCAAAUCUAAAAAUACUGCCAUCAAACCGUAGAGUAAGUGACCUACCACCGCCGGUUCCCCCUAUGCCUCAUCUCAAAAAUCCUGCCUGUGUCAAAGAAAGCUGCUUGCCCUCAGCAGAGAUUCUACCUCUAUCCCGCAUUUUAACGGCCAGUGAAGGAUGCGAGAGGCUAAAACAAUUGAACCUUUCCCCACGGGCCCCACCUCCAUUACCAAUCAACAAACCCAAGUUAUCAGAAUUAACGGAGAAGCCAGUGGAGGCCAAAAUGCCAAAAGAACGCAGCAAACCUGGGAUGUUUAUUCCACAAGUGCCAGUGGAGGCCAGAGCACCAAAAGAACAUGGCAAACCUGGACUGUUCGUGCCACAAGUGCUACCUAAACCGCCUGUGCCUGUAUUCAAAUCUAGAUCAGAGAAAUCUUUACUUCCCCAGUUACAGAGAUCACCACCAGAUGGGCAGAGUUUCCGAAGCUUCUCAUUUGAGAAACCAGCAUUACCUUCAAAGCAAAACAAGUCUGGUGAAGAUUCAGAUGAAGAUUAUGAAAAAGUUGAGCUGCCUAAUUCAGUAUUUGUCCAGACCUAUGAAUCCUUUGAAGUAGAAAGGAUGUUCAAAUCUACCAACCCAAGAGGACAUCCACAAAAUGGAUUAUACUGUAUUAGGAAUUCAUCUACCAAGCCUGGAAAGGUAUUAGUUGUAUGGGAUGCAUCUGCUGAGAAAGUGAGAAACUACAGAAUCUUUGAAAAGGAUUCACAGUUUUACUUGGACUCAGAAACCAUGUUCUGGAACGUUGGAAGUUUGGUUGAAUACUACUGCACCCAUGUCUUACCCAGCCAUGACAGCUUGAUUCUCAAAUGUCCUUAUGGCUACUGUGGACCCAGGUGA